UACGUGUGUAUAUGCGUCUCUGUGCCUUCUCAGCUUGGGGAAGCCUUCCUAGGGUACAAUUUCCUUUAUCAGCACUCUCAAGGAAGUUGGGGAAGACCUCUUGAGUCAAUCAUUAACAAAUAAUUCAGCCUGUUCUCAUAUCGGCUCAAAGUCUUGAUCAUUGAGAAAUGAAGCCAAUCUCUCUGGGUUGAACAAAACUUUCCCAGGAUCAGACCUACCUUGGCAGCACUGGGAGAAGUCCUGGCACAUCAACUACUCAAAAGGGAACAUGUGCUAUCGCGAAUAUGGAUACAAUUCUGUUCUUUAGCCUGAUUUUUGCAUCCUAUGAUGCCAAUCAGAAAGAACUUGAAGGCAGUAGCUGCCAAGUGGAGCAGCUUCCUGGAUUAUUCCCAAGAGACAUGAGAAGCAUCAGGGUCCUGCUGAUACAAGAAGCCCAGGGUGAAGCCAAAAGGCAAGCACCAGGCCAUAACCAGAUAGUGGCCAACCUGCAGUGUCUUGGCUCAGGGAGAAAAGUGAUAGUAAAUCUUCAGGAUUCAGAGAAAAGGCCAAAGACCAGGUAUACCUUGAAAAGCCUGAGCGUUAUGACUGCUCCACCACAGGACAGCCCCAGUAGACUGCGCUGCUACUUAUCUACAGCACCCAAAAUGUGGUUCCAGGGUGGACGCCAUUUUACAAUCCAAGUGUUCUUACCCAAUAUCUCCAACUGUAAGUUCUACCCAGUGGUAGAGGACUCAUCAGAGGGAUUGACUGCAACCUCUAUCAUCACUACCGCUCCAGAAGAUAAAGAGGAGAGGCCGACUAUUACUGACCCAGAUGAAGAUCUACUCAUGAGGCAGAAAUGGAGCAUCGUGGUCAAGGCCCUGAUUGCCAUCACUCUGUUGAUCAGCGGAGUAGCCAUAACAGUGUUUGUCAUUUUUGAAGUCCCUUGCCCAGUUGGACCCAGGACAGAAGUUUCCAACUCAUCUUCUCCAAAAAUGGCAGCUGAGAUCAUUGUUAUUCACCAGACAUACUUCUGAAAAACUCUUUUUCUAGGCACAGAAUGCCUUGCACACUGAAUAUCAGUUAUCAAUACUGUGUUCCAUGUUCCUAUUCUGUCUUCUCCCCCUCAUUCACAAAGAAAUAGCAGUUUCUUCUACAACUUAGUCCCUGCCAGUUGAAAGUGAAAUCAGACUUUACUGCUGCACCAACACAUCAGUGGAGGCACAAGUUCAGGACUCACAGUGAUCUCCAUGGUAUCCACAGCCUUGGCUCAUUGACUCAGUUUGUGUAUCUGUUAAUGGAUAUCCAUAAAUACUUCUCUAAUAGAAAUCAUGGCCAAGUAAGGGUAUCCGUUGAUUGUUACUCAUUAGUGCCAAGAUUAGUCACUACAAUUUAAAUAAUUUCUUUUUCUUAAAAAAUGUAUUGUUGUCCUCCAGUUUCAUUUUUAGUGUUUACUUUGUCAUGUUCAUUUUGUUUAUUGUUACUCUGAUUCUGUUUGCUUCGCCCUGCAUUGAUUCAUACAAGUCUUACCAUCCCAUGUUUUCUGAAUUUC